AUGGGUGUCACCGGUGCGGUAUCCCGAAUCUUCUAUUAUGGUUUGAACAAUAUGGAGGUCAUUGGGCUAGAACGAUUUAUGGCAACUUUGGAUAAACGGGAAAACCCCGAAGAUAGAGAAAGAGGCUUAAUCACUGUCUCAAAUCAUGUCAGCGUUAUGGAUGACCCUUUGAUCUGGGGUGUACUACCUUUCAAAUACGGCUUCAACGCCUCUAAUCACAGAUGGAGUCUUGGUAGCUAUGAUAUCUGCUUCCAGAACAAGCUACUUUCCUCGUUCUUUACAUUAGGUCAAGUUCUACCCACUCAUCGAAGCGCAUACUCAGAAAACGGUGGGCUUUUCCAGCCUACGAUCGCACAAGCUAUACGGAUGUUAUCUGCGCAGCCUUUCUCCACACGUUAUGAACCACCAGUACAAAAGACCAAGAAGAAAAUCUCUAUGCGGCCAAAAGACCCUGAUAUCAUCGACCCCUUCUCUUCCGGCGACCUCACGUAUUCUACAAAUGGCACAGAUGUCUUUCCUGCUCCAUCUGCAUACACCUCACGAAGGCAUAGUUGGAUACAUAUAUUUCCUGAAGGACGAGUGCACCAACAUCCAAACAAGACGUUGCGCUAUUUCAAAUGGGGAGUCUCUCGUCUAAUCCUUGAAAGUGAACCAUUACCUGAGAUCGUUCCCAUUUUUAUCGACGGCAAUCAAGACAUCAUGCACGAAUCGCGAGAGUUUCCACGUUUCGUGCCUCGUGCGGGAAAGAAAGUCCGUAUUGCUUUUGGAGAAUCAAUAGAUGGAGAACGCAUAUUCGGAGAUCUACGCGCUCGUUGGCAAAAACUAGUACAAUUACAGAAGGAAGCACUAAGAAAAAAGGGCCUAGAUGAUCAUAUUGAGAUGGGGGAGCUUACAGAAGGGCUUAAGUACUACAAAGAGGCAGUUGCGUUACGGGAGGAAGUCACGACCAGGGUUAGGCAGGAAGUGCUCAAAGUAAGAAGGAGUCUAGGAUAUGAAGAUGAGGAUCCUAAGCAAGGAUUGGUACAAACUUGGAUUAAUGAAGGAAGAAGCGAUGGGAAGCAAAAGAAGGAUGGAAGUUGGGUAGGAGAAACUUGA